CCCACUCAUUCCCCCAUGCCUUCUUUUUAUAAACUGGAGACCAUCUACCUCUUUCUCACUCCUGCUAUCUCUUAUCUCGUGCAGUCAUGUUGUUAAUUAUAGAGAAGCCAUCCAAUCUCUUGUUCUUGGGUUUUCUAUUAGCACACUUAUGCACGAUCCAAUUGGUAGGAUCUUCGAGCAACUUUACUGAUCGAUCAGCUCUCAUUGCCUUUAAAUCUCAACUAAGUCCCAGUGCCAAUGAAACUGUCUUGGCUCAAAACUGGUCCACCACAACAAACUUUUGCAAUUGGAUUGGAGUCUCAUGCAGUCGACGCAGGCAAAGAGUCACAGCUCUAGAUCUUCCGAAAAUGGGUCUCCAAGGUACACUACCUCCUCAAAUUGGAAACCUCUCUUUCAUAGUCACACUUCACCUCCAUAACAACAGCUUCUUUGGUUUUCUACCCAAUGAGAUCAGUCGUCUGCAUCGCUUGAAAAUACUUAGGUUGGAUUUCAAUAAAUUCGAAGGAAGCAUCCCCCCAAGUUUACAUCAAUGUCACAAGCUUACAUAUUUAUCUCUUGCAGAAAACAUGUUAAGUGGUGCGAUUCCAUCUUCCCUCGGCAAUCUAUCAGCGUUAGAGCAAUUAAGUUUGCGAUAUAACAGCCUUGUUGGACCAUUUCCUUCUGUCAUCUUUAACAUAUCUUCUCUAACCAUGAUCGCUAUUACAAAUAAUCAGAUCUCAGGAACUCUGCCAAUGGAUCUCUGCAGUCGCUGUCCUAAUCUUGAAGGACUUUAUCUUUCCCGCAAUGAAUUCAGUGGUCGGCUCCCUACACAAAUGAAUCACUGUCGAGAGAUCGUAGAUUUAUCUCUAUCAGGCAAUAAAUUUGAAGGGAGAGUUCCAAAAAGUUUUCAGAGUUUAAAAAGGCUUGAAGGGCUAACUCUUGGAGGUAACAAUUUAACUGGUAAUAUACCUUCUUUUAUAAGUAACUUGUCGAGCUUGCAAGCGUUGGGAAUGGAGGAAAACAACUUUAAUGGAAGUAUUCCGAGUGAUAUAUGCCAUCUUCCAAAUCUGCAUACAUUAAGUUUAGGAGAUAAUUAUCUUACAGGUGCAUUAUCCCAAGCAAUUUUCAACAGCUCAUCUCUACAAAAUAUUUUCAUGGGUUCCAAUUUAUUGUCUGGAAAUAUUCCAAUAGAUGCCGGGCUACGCUGCUCUAAUCUUGAAAAUCUGAUUCUGCCUUUCAAUAACCUUGGUGGUCGUAUCCCAUCAUAUCUUUCAAAUUGUUCCAGACUAUCGCUAAUAGAUUUUAGUUCCAACUUACUCUCUGGACCAAUACCCGAAAGUCUUGGAAACUUAAAAUACCUCCAAUUCCUAAGUUUGAAUUAUAAUCAGCUGACAGGAGAGCAUGGAGAUCAAGAGCCUAAUUUCAUUUCAUCUUUAACUAAUUGUCCAGUUUUGGAAAGGCUCUCCCUAGUAGGCAAUCCCCUGAAUAUUACGAUUCCAAAAUCCAUCGGAAACUUUUCCAUUUUUCUUGCAAGCAUUUAUGCAUCUCAAAGCCAAAUAAAGGGUCAUAUUCCUAACGAACUCGGUUCCUUGACCGGCUUGACCGAACUUUUUUUAACGGAUAACGAUUUGAUGGGGAACAUACCGUCCACUUUGGGGGGAAUGGAGAAGUUACAGAGACUUUACCUUGAUGCUAAUAAGAUUGAGGGCUUCAUUCCACAGAGCUUAUGCCGAUUAAAGAACUUGGGAGAGUUAGUUCUCUCAAAUAAUCAAAUAUCUGGGCCCAUCCCGAAUUGCCUUUCAAAUCUCAGACUUCUACAAAUGCUAUAUGUUGAUUCCAACAUAUUGAAUUCUUCAAUACCUAUAAGUAUCUGGAAUCUAGAAAAUCUGUUGUUUCUAGAUCUAUCUUCGAGUUCCCUUGGAGGAUAUUUAUCUUCAUACAUGAGAAAAACUAGAACUAUGGAGUACAUGAAUUUGUCACAAAAUCAAUUUACUGGAAAUAUUCCAAGCAUCAUCGGAGAAUUUGAAAGCUUAAGGUCUCUUGACUUGUCAAAUAAUUCCUUUCAAGGCGUCAUUCCAGAAUCUUUUGGAAACUUGAAAGGUUUGGAUAUCUUAAAUCUCUCUUUCAACAACCUCUCCGGUGCAAUUCCCAAGUCCCUCGAGGCACUUCCUUUCCUUAGGUAUCUGAAUUUGUCUUUCAACAUGCUAUCAGGAGAGAUUCCAUCAGGUGGGCCUUUCGUAAACUUUACGGCCGAAUCAUUUAUUGGAAACAAGGCACUUUGUGGGAAUCUAACUUUUGGAGUUCCAACUUGUCCAAGACAUCCCCAAGGAUCAAGGGUGAAACAUAAUUUGCUCAAAUAUAUUGUUCCUGCAAUUGUCUCAGUCCUCAUCUUUGUAGCACUGCUUUAUAUUCUCAGCGCACGUCGAGAAAGGAACAUGCAGGUUUCAAGUGCACUUAAUCAAUUGCCUGGCUUGGAGCAUAGAAUGAUAUCAUAUCAAGAAAUUUCUCAAGGGACAAACAACUUUUGUGAUAGCAACUUGAUCGGAACUGGAGGUUUUGGUUCUGUGUACAAAGGAGCAUUAUUUGACGGGACAAUUGUUGCAGUCAAAGUUUUAAAUUUACAGUCGGCAAAUGCUUUCAAAAGCUUCGAUGCAGAAUGCAAGGUGUUACGAACUAUCCGACAUAGGAAUCUUAUUAAAGUCGUGAGUGCAUGCUCUAACCUUGAGUUCAGAGCUUUGGUGUUGCAAUACAUGUCGAACGGCAGCCUUGAAAGAUGGUUAUACUCUUACAACUAUUGCUUGAAUCUUCUUCAAAGAAUAAGCAUUAUGCUCGAUGUGGCAUAUGCAUUGGACUACCUUCACCAUGGACAAUUAGAACCCGUAGUGCACUGUGAUUUGAAGCCCAGUAAUAUCCUUUUGGAUGAGGAUAUGAUUGCUCAUGUAGGUGACUUUGGCAUUGCAAAGAUCUUAAUCGAAAGCAAAGAGGCAACACAAACCAAAACUCUUGGUACACUUGGCUAUAUUGCACCAGAAUAUGGAUCAGAAGGAAAAGUGUCUAUCAAAGCAGACACUUACAGCUAUGGUAUAAUACUGUUGGAGAUGGUCACAAGAAAGAAACCCAUUGAUGACAUGUUUGCUGGUGAAUUGACGUUGAGACAGUGGAUAAAUGCUUCAUUUCAGAACGAAAUGAUGGAAAUUGUGGAUGCUGGUUUGUUAAUGAUAGAAGAGGGAAGGGACCCGAUUGCUUUGCAAAGUAUUAUUUCCUCCAUCAUGGAAUUAGGCUUCAGGUGUUCUGAAGAGUUGCCAAAUGAAAGGAUCAAUAUCAAAGAUGUGAUUGUCAAGCUUGACAAAAUCAAACUGUCACUUUCUGAGAACAGAAACAGGGGUAUCUGAUAUCUUGAAUCCUAGCAUUGCAUGAUUGUAAUGACUAAUUGCAAGAGUACGAAACACGUCUUCAACAGCUAUAUAUAUUCCUUAUGUAAGUAUUUUCUUUAGCCUUUUCUUAUGCUCUAUGCUAUAUAUGAUGAUGGAUCGUGCGAAGUGGGGGGCCGUAGAAUGGUAGUCAUGCCAAGUAUCAAUUAAUUAAGUAUAUAUCUAUAACAUUUUCACCAAGUCUCACUGUGUAUUUUCUUUUCUUCUCUUUUCAUUCAUGCAUGAUGCACCCAGU